CAGUAGCAAAGCGUUGCAGUCGAAUGCAGUCCUUUGCACAUGCGCAUUUUAGACUGCCGGCCCCACGCCUUGUCUCGGUGCCGUUAGCCGAAGGGUACCGCUGGGAAAUAACGUUCUGAGUGAGCACAUCGUGCGACUGUGACAUAUUAGGUCUUAGAUAAUUGGAAUACUGUCGCUUCUUUUAGUGGCUCAUCCUCAAAUCAGGCAAAAGCUUGUAAUGAUGCGUAGGAGAAUACACAGUAAUAUUGUCAUCGGUAAAGGAGCUAGCCACUGAUUUCACUAUCUCAAGUGUUUACGGUGCCAGGGGAUGAUGUAAAUAGUGGAAGAGUCGUGAUUAUAAGAAGGAAAAAUGAGCUUUACAUCCUGGUUUUUGGUAAGCAGUGAGGGCACACGCCACAGGUUGCCACGAGAAAUGAUUUUUGUUGGAAGAGAUGACUGUGAGCUGAUGUUACAGUCAAGGAGUGUGGACAAACAGCAUGCUGUGGUGAACUAUGAUGCCUCUAAUGAUGUGCAUAUGGUAAAAGAUUUGGGGAGCCUUAAUGGGACUUUUAUAAAUGAUGUUAGAAUUCCUGAACAGACCUACAUUACCCUGAAACUUGAAGAUAAACUAAGGUUUGGUUAUGAUACCAACCUUUUUACUGUAGUACGUGGGGAAAUGAGGGUCCCUGAAGAAGCACUUAAGCAUGAAAAGUUUUCAAGUCAGCUGCAUUUUUCACAAAAACCGCCUGAGAUUGAAGGAUCCAAACAAACUGCCUCCAGAUCUUCUGAUUCGAAAGUAAAUGAUACUCAUAUCGAAGUACUUCAAAAGGCCGUGGAAACUAUGAAGUCAGAAGAAAAAGUGGCUGUGGACAUGUCAGCAGUACCUCGUGGUACACCGUUGUAUGGACAACCCUCUUGGUGGGGAGAUGAUUACUCUAGUGAAAAUAAACAACACUGCAAAGAAAGCACACUACAUGAACUUAGUACUUCAGGCCACAGCAAGGAUGCUAAGAAAGAUGGAGAUGAAGGCACAGCAGGAAAAGAAGAAACAUUGUUUCUGCUUUGUAGGGAGCCAAGUUACUUUGAGAUACCUACAAAAGAAUCUCCACAAAAAUCUGAUGUUGAAGAGAACAUUAUUCGUGAAAUCCCAACAAAGGACACACAUUGCUCUCAUGCACUAGGUGCAGGACAUGCGUCCUUUACAAUUCAGUUUGAUGAGAACUCUCCAUGUAAAGUAACUAUUAAGGAUCAUGUUACAAAAUUCACUCCAGAUUACCGUCAAAAAUCAAAGAAAACAUCACCAUCAUGUGCCAAGGACCUUUCUGCAUUACAAACAGAGAUGUUGGCUGCAGAAAGUAAAGUUGCAGAUUGGUUGGCACAAAACAAUCCACCAUGUUUGAGAAAAGAAGUGCCUGAGGAAGAUACCAAGAGUAUUAAAAGCGACGUUCCAGUUUACCUAAAGAGAUUGAAAGGACACACACAUGAUGACGGAACACAAAGUGAUUAUGAAAAGAGUGGGGCUCAAAAGCGUCUCAAUAAGAGUACUAACUUUGACGAACAUUUAAGAUCAAGAAAUCUUGGACAGAAGUUAAAUAUAGCAUGCCAUUCUUCAGGAAAACACCAAGAAACAAGUCAAACUGCUUUUAUGAUAGAAUUUUUUGAUGAUGACCAUCCUAGAAAGAGGCGUUCCUAUUCUUUUACACAGAAUGCAGGUACUGCUGGUCCAGAAGCUCCUUAUCCUAUACCCCAGUCAAGAAUUGAAAAGGUAAAAGCUGCUGACCGCAAACUAUUAGCAAUUGGUUUACAGUCUGGUACAUCUUCUCAUAGAGUGAUCCACAGCACACAGCAUGCAAAAUUGUUAUUGAAACAAAAAUCAGAAGAACCCUGUGCACCAUUAAUGCUGUCACAAAAUGUGCUAUUAAGAAGCUCUGGAAGUCUUGGACAUCGAACAAACAAAAAACGAGUCAUAGGGUAUGAAUUCGAAAUUCCCUCUGUUUCUGGUAGUGAUAAAGGACAUUUUGAUGAUCAAGCAGACAAAGUGAGCAAUGCUAAUGAAUGGGACUUGCUAAGUCAAGAGGAGACUGACCCUUCCAAAAUUAUUGAUAAGGAAGCUUCCGCUAGAAAAAAACAAUGGGUUUCACAGUGGGCAAGUCUUGCUUCAAAUCACAUAGGACAUGACCAGGAAAAUGGAAGAUUUGAAAGUGAUGUACCUGCUGCUGUUGAAAAUGAUGCAGACAUUAGUGAAUCAGGAAUUUCAGUUAAAAGCAAUGGUUCAGCAGCAUCUUUAACUGGUCAAAAUGAUCGUGUCAGGAGAACAUUACCCCAGCUCCCUAAAGAAAAUAUAAUUCCUAAGUUUUCUAAAAGUAAAGGUGCCCCUCACAGAUCAGAGAUUGGAGAAAAACAAGAUACAGAAUUACAGGAAAAAGAGAGACCAACUCAUGUACCCAAGUUUAACUCUUUAGAAACAAGAGGUGUUGCAAGAAUGGACCACAUGGGUGAUGAUAACACUCUAGAAUCCAAAGCUAAACAUGACCAGACUGAACACAAUCAACGUUCUUCUAGUAAACCAUUCUUAAAGCAAGUGACAGGCAAGCCAAUCAAAGCAAAAGAUCCUUCAAAAAUGAAAAAAUCAUAUUUGUCUCAAAAAUCCCCUGAUAUACAAUCAAAUCAAACAGAAGAUGGAAGGAAAACAGAGACUGUUCCAAAUAUACACAGCUUAAAAACUGUUGAAUCUGAUAGAAAAGAUACUGCAAAACCAUUAGUAAGACAAGGUAGCUUUACAAUUGACAAGCCAAGUACAAAUGUUCCUAUUGAGUUAAUUCCACGUAUUAACAAACUGACUGGAUCAUCACCUAUGUUUGCCUCUGUAAAUGAUUUAAGACAGAGAAGUGAUUCUGUAGACACUGACUCUAGCAUGGAUACAACACUACUUCUGAAAGACACAGAAGCAGUCAUGGCUUUUCUUGAGGCAAAGUUGAGAGAUGACAGCAAAACUGACGAUGGCCCAGAAACACCAAGCUAUAACCAAGAUAAUUCUAUUUCUCCUGAAUCAGAUGUUGAUACAGCUAGUACCAUUAGUCUUGUUGCUGGUGAUGCAGAAACAAAAUGCCUGCAAAAGCGAAAGACAGUUAGCAGUCUUUACAAAGAGACUUCCUAUUCUGUUUCCAAAGACUUUUCAAAAUCUGUAAACAGAGAAAAAAUAGACAAAAAGAGUAAAGGGCGAGCUCAUGAAGUUUCAUCAAGAACAGAUAUCUGUAAAACACUGCAAGCAAGUCAAAGAAAUAGACAGCCAUCUGCAGGCUGUUUAGCUGAUGAACAAACAUCUAGACUAUCAUCAGUCUCCGAUAUUGUAUCAUCUGAUCAAGAAACAUACUCUGGAAAGUCAGUUCCAAAAUUUGAGUUAAAUGUAGCAGAUGAACGUUUGCAUUCCAAAAUUACCAAAGAUAAAGGUGCGUUAGUAAAAUCUACUCCUUCUAGUAAAUCUGUUACACUCCCAAGACCGCGUCCCACUAGGACUUCACUCUUGCGUAGAUCACGCUUAGGGGAGGCUUCAGAUUCAGAAAUUGCUGAUGCUGAUAAAGCAUCUGUUGCUUCUGAAGUAUCAACUACCAGUUCAACAUCAAAACCACCUUCUGGUAAGAAAGCUCUCUCAAGGAUUGAUUUGCUUGCUCAGCCCCGUAGAACAAGACUGGGUUCAUUUUCAGCUCGUAGUGACUCUGAGGCAACAAGUGCUGGUUCUUCUCGUACUCCAGAAUCUAGAAGUGGUUUAAAAUCUCUUCCUCCAACAGACAUUAAAGGAUCUACUCGAGCCAGAGCAAACAGCAUUUCUCGUUUAUCAGACACAAAGACCAAAUCUGUUGCACAAAACCAUAGUUCUCCCCCUUUAAAUGUCCGGUAUAGACACACUACUCCAGAAUAUGCUUCCACUUCAGAAGAUGAGUUUGGAUCUAAUCGAAACUCGCUUAAACCUACACGACUUCGGACUUCUCCAGCUAAAAGUCAGAGGUUGCAUUGCACUGGAAUUGGUGCAUCAAUUCAGCCUGCAACUAUAAAUGCCUCAACAUUUAAAAAGAGGGUUAAAGAACAAGAGGAUUACAUUUGUGACUGGACUGCACAUCGAGAAGAAAUAGCUAGAAUAAGCCAGGAUUUGGCUCUUAUUGCUCGUGAAAUUAAUGAUGUAGCAGGAGAGAUAGAUUCAGUGACAUCAUCAGGAACUGCCCCUAGUACCACAGUAAGCACUGCAGCUACAACUCCUGGUUCAGCCAUAGACACAAGAGAAGAGCUGGUUGAUCGAGUUUUUGAUGAGAGUCUGAACUUUAGAAAGAUGCCUCCUUUAAUUCAGUCCAGAACAGCCGAGGGAAAUUUUCGAUCCAGUGACUUAAAAUCUCAGCAGAAAGAAAUUUCUGAACCUCAACCAAUAACUAGAAGGAAAACCUGGAGCAGAGAUGAAGCUAUGGGAGAUAGUUUAUUGCUCUCUUCGGUAUUUCAGUUUUCUCGGAAAUUAAGGCAAGCCAUAGACAAAACGGCUAAUAAAAUAAGGAUAUUGUUUAAAGACAAGGAACGGAACUGGGAUGAGAUUGAAAAGAAAUUACGUGCAGAAAGUGAAAUUCCAGUUUUAAAAACCUCAUGUGUGGAAAUAUUAUCAAUAUUUCAGGAGCUGAAGCGAGUUGAAAAACAGCUUCAAGUGAUCAACACCAUGAUUGAUCCAGAUGGAACUUUGGAAACACUAAACAUAUUGGGGUUCAGCAACUCAGUAUCUCCUGUUGAGACAAAGCAAAAUCAAAGCCGCAUUCUUUGUUCUGCACGUUCUUCAACACCAUUGUUGCAAUCAGAAACGAGGACAAAUAUAACCACUGUUUCCUCUGAAUUUAGUGCUGAAUCUGUUCCUGAUUUUGCUAUACAUUUUAAUAGGUUUAAUCCGGAUGGUAAAGAAGAUACUACAUCACAUGAAUAAAACCAUUACUAGUAAUUUUUCAUUUGUGUGGUGAAAUACCACAGAGACCUUUUUUACCCAAAAUUUUUAAUGUAUUUUAACAUACAUCCCUUUAACCUUUUAGUUUUCCAAAACCUUCCAUUCAUAAAAUGAUGAACGUUAACUGAUGCCCAUGGUAUUGGCACUGAUAAUUAUGAUUUGGUGUAAUAUCCCAGCCAUAAUAAAACCACAGGUCCCUUUACAUCCUGGGAAACCACAGAAGGAAAUAAUUUGAUUUUUUUUUCCCCAAAUCAUUGCACGAAUACUGCUUGAUUUUAAAAACUUAGACUAAGAUUUUGUAACUGCUUCCAGACCACUACAAGGAUGAUCUUACCAAUGCUAAUACAUACAUUAAGAUUAUUAGCAAGUAUUUCAACUAAAUACUGUAAUUGUCUCUCUUUUAAAAAUAGAAGGUAUCAUACGUUAUUCAUUGUUGUAGCAGCUAUUAGUUUUGUUUUCAGUUUUGACACUUAAUACAAAUGAAAUGUAAACUGAUACGGAUAUAUUUAUGGAUUUUUAUAGUUAACAUUUUAAAGUGAUUUCCUGAGAAACAAUAUUCUCCAUGCAAGAAUUGGCUUUAUAUGGGGCACGCCUACUGCAUAUGACUUACUUAUUGGUCAUAAUUACAGCAAUACUAUUGUGUCUUUCUUCAAUAACUUUAACUUACAUAGAGAGAGAAUUCACAGCACAAAUCAUCAACCUGGCUCAUUAUGUCAAAUAGGGGCAUCUACAUCUCUCUGAAAUAUAGUGUCAAAUCCAGGAAAAGUGGGUGACCAUGAUAUUCAGCCUAUAAAUGUAAUGUUUUAACCCAUCAAUUUCUAUACACAAUAUAUUAAUUUAUCCUAAAAGUAAACAUUUUGAAACGUUUGGCUUUAAUGUGAAAUAUUUUUUAUUGUGUAACUUAAAUAAAUUGGUCAAAAGUCGGUGAUUUUGAUGUAAUCAAGCCAUUUUUACCUCCUAUAUUCUGUAAAAGUAAGAAUAUGUUUUUUUACACUUAUACACUAAUGUACCUUUAUUAAGAAUAUUGUUGAUGCUGCUUUAUAAACCACCUAUUUUUUCAUAUCAGCCAUCACAAUAAACACAUACACACAUUAAAAAGAAAAAACAUACAUAAAAUACUAUAUCACUUAAAAUGCAUGGCUGGAUGCAAUUUAGCCAUGCCAAAUAUGUUUUGUUUUUUUAAGUUGUUAUUUUUUAAUAAAAACCACCAUGCUUAAAAAAAUAAUAAUUAGAUAAAGGUAUACCUUUAAAAUAUGCUUGUCUACUCUAAAUUAUAUUGUUUUAAAAAGUUUUUUCUUGAUACUGACUAAACAUUGACUGCAAAAAACUGAAUAGAUAUGAGUAUGUACCAAUAUUUUUUUAUAUUUGAUGUUAUUAAAUUUGUAAACUUGUUUUUCCUAUAUGGCCAGAAAACAUCAAAUCCAAUUAGGAAAUAUGUUUGUAUUUUAUUUAUGCUUUUUUUUCCCCAAUAUGUGCAAGUACAUUUGCAACUCUCACUGAGAAACAUUUAUACAAAACCAAACACACAGAUAAGUAAGUAUGUGGGUACUUUGUAAGAUAAUAUUAUUAUAGUUCCAUCAACAAAACACUUAUUAUUUUUGCUUUUAUACAAAUUUGUGUUCUGUAUUAAAUAUUUAUGGUAAUGUUA